GCUAAUUGUGUUAACUCUGCAUUAUUAUUGCAGUGAUAUUCCAGUAUUAGGAGGCACAGAAAUACGAAUCGAAGAAUAUACAAUGUUGUUGCUACUUGUUGGUGUUUCAUUUACACUUCUUGUAGGGGUUCUGCCGGGAUGUCCGCUUUACUGGACACUUCAUAAAGAUUCCUGUUAUACCAUUCCACAAAUACCGCAGUCGUGGACAUCAGCAAUGGCAUUCUGUAUGGCCCAUGGUGCGCAUUUGGCAGAAAUAACUUCGUCGGAAGAAAACCACUUUGUAUUACAACUUGUCAAGCAAAAUCAUCCAAGCGAAGUUGAACUUUGGAUUGGAGGUACCGACGCUGUUAGUGAAGGUCACUGGGUAUGGACUCAUAGUGGGACAUUAUUAGGAUAUCAGAACUGGGAUGUCAACGAACCAAACAGCUAUUCUGAUGGCGAACAGUGCCUAACGUUUCGUACAAAUGGGAAAUGGAAUGAUGGACAUUGUAAUGUCACGUUGCAUGGAAUAUGUGAGAUCAGUGCAUUGACUGAGCCUGGAGUUGGCAAGUAGAGGACACAAUCUGAUGUAAAUGACAAAACAAAAUCAAUCAAUAUUUAAUAAAAAUACAUUGUAAGCAACAA